AUUUACUCUGUGUACCGGGAUUUUCAUAACUGUCGAAAUAACCUUCAAUCAGCUGUUGUGACAGAAAGGUCGAGGAUUUCGAUGAAAUAGGUUUUUUCGUGAUUUUUCUCACCAGACCACUGUCAUGGUAAAGACAUUUCAAGUCUACUUAGGAGCACAAGGAAACAGCUCAACACGAAGCAACAGCAGCAACAGUAGUUGUAGUAACAGUAGCGAUAGUGAUGACCGUACAUACAGCUGUGUACAUUGUCGUGCUCACCUUGCUCGUCAUCAAGAUCUUAUUUCCAAGUCAUUUCAAGGAAGUCAAGGUCGCGCAUAUCUGUUCGACACGGUUGUUAAUGUUUCUUGUGGGAAACCAGAAGAAAGGCUCCUACUCACCGGUAAUUUAAAACUGUUUAUACUUACUGCAAUAACAUACGAUUUAUCCUACUUAUAUAAAUGUAUGUAUACUUAAUACCAUGAAUAAUGGGUACCGAGUCUUUUAAGGUGUAUUUCGUCAUUUGAUAUAAAUAUCCAAGAAUUGAGAAGAGAAUUUUUAACUUCGAAACUUUUUUUUCAAUUUAAAAUUACUGGGAAUCACGAAUACUUUAUAUGCAAAACAAAGUGCUGCUUCUAUGUCCGGUGGACUCAAUGGGGCUAUUUUAUUCAAGCGUUAUCCAAAGUUUUCAUCGAUCUCUCCUUGAAUUCCAGGGAUUGGCUUGCCUCUUUUAUUAUUGACCGGUUUCUCUGGCUUACCAUAUUUCCCUACCACUUUCUUCUUGGGUCAUACAGUCGUCUCAUAUUUCCUCGAAGCUCUUUCUGCAGUCUUUGCUAGUUAUUCCACGUAUUUUUGCUUGUCGGCUCUAAUGCUCCACUUCAUUUGCUUGUCUGCUUCUGUGUAUUCAGUUUGGGCCUUGACUUUAUUUGUUUCUGUUCGGCUGUUGUUGAUUGCCAUCUCCUUGUUCUUCCUUUGUUGAAUUUUGUUCAGGGUUUGGAUGGAGAUCUAUUCCUUGUGAUGUUGCUUGUUGUGACCCAACACCUCAUGACACGUUGAAGUUAGUGCUUCUUCAAUCCGUUUUCAGUUGUUCCCCAUAAUAGUUUCUUCUCCUUUGAGUAGAUCUUGUAAGGCUUGAAACCUGUUGUUUAGAGCGAACUUGAGUUGUUUGAGUUUGUUAGUAUCUCAUAGGAAAGCUGUAUUGAACCUUUGUAAUGCUGUUUGUCCAGUUGACCAGUGUUUCUUUAACUUCAGCUUAAUCUUGGCCAAAAUCAGGUGGUGAUCUAAAGCUAUGUCAGCUCCUCUCCUGGUUCUCAUGUCUUUUAUUGUUUUUCUGAAUUUUUUAUUGAUACAAAUAUGAUCUAUCUGGUUCUCCGUGGUGUGAUCCGGUGAGACCCAUAUAGCUUUGUGUAUGCGUUUGUGUGGGAAUAUUGUGCCGCUUAUAGCCAAUUUGUUGAAUGCACAUAGAUCUGCAAACCUCUCACCAUCCUCGUUUCUUUCUCCUAGUCCAUAUCGUCCUAUGAUAUCUUCAUACCCGAUGUUGUUCAUUCCGACGUUGGCGUUUAGGUCUUCGAUCAGGAUGGUCAGGUCCUUUCCUGAGCAGUUCGCUAUGAUCGAUUGUAGCCUUUAGUGAAACUGAUAUUGAUUGUCCUCAUUUCUAUCAUUGGUAGACAGGUAAUACUGGAUAAUAUACGUUUUAGCCUCCUCGUUCUUCGUUUUGAAGAACACUGAUAAUUCUGGAUCUUUGAGAUCCCCAUCCUGUAAGUGUUUGUCGUGCUUCUUUCGACAGCAUCAUUGUAACCCCUUGUAUAUGUGAAGCACUUUUUCUUGAUUACCAAGAAACAACAGCUCCUCUCCUGGGCCUAAUCUUCUGUGUCCAGCUUGGGUCCAAUGUGCUUCACUUAUUAAGAGCAGUGCCAAGUUGUGUCUCCUCAUAUUCUCAGCUAUUUGACUGGCUUUUUCGGUCUCUCACAUUGUCAGGACAUCCCUUGUACUUAUAUUACUGGUUACUCUGGUUAUUAGAAAAGAUAUUGGCCCCGUGACUUCCUAAGAAUAUCGGUUUUCGCCAUGAGGCAUCAUAAUUCUUACUUUAACUCCCAAUGCAGAGUUUAAUUUGUUUAUCCUGGUUAGCGUUUUUUUUUAGCUCACUCACUGCCAUUCUUAAGUUAUUUCAAUGAGUAACCAUAAGAAAGUUUUUAUAAGAAUAAGCGUAAAUUGUAUUAAGAAUGUUAACUGUGGAAUGCUAUUUGAUAUAUUACGCUUUUUGGUGUUGUUAAAAUGAUGAAAUGACUAUUGUUUAACUCCCGUUUUAUUUCGAUGUUUGAUCAGCGUUAAAGAUACAUAAUCUGUGGACUGUGGAUGUAAAUUAAUUGUUUAUUUUGCCACGCAAAUCCGGAGAGUUAGAAAUUUAUGCUCAUGUCAUACUCUGCUUGAACCAUAUCUUAGAUAUUUAGAUGUAUCCCAAGUUAUAGUAUAUAGAUUUUUUAAUGCUUAUUGGUCGUGAUAAGAUCUUUAUUCAAUCAACAACAAUUCUUUACUCCUGUUUUCAGUAUUAAAGGCUGUGUUUCCACCUAUUGUGAAACAUAAUUAAUAGUAUUAUGACUACAUAUUACAAAUGAUAAUCAAGUUUGGCAGAUCGGCCAGAAUUCAAAUAAAUCAGGUUGCAGUUUGAUAGGCUUCAGUUUAGUUCAGCCAUAUGUAUCAAGUUAAAGCUCUAUAAUCCUUUUUUGAUUGGUCCCUCAAAUUUGUGAAUGGUUCAAGUUCCACGCAAAUAGUAGACAGCUUAUUUCCAAAUAUAUGCUUGUUGAAUCUAAGCCAUCUUUGUCUAUCUUCACGGUUACAGAAAUUGAUUCUAGAAUGUUUGUUAUAAAGCAUUUUGAAAAUUGUUUCAUAUCACUCUACAUCAAGUUUAAUGUAAUGACGCACUGAAUCUCUAAGCUAGGUUGUCAGAUUUUACUAUGAAGUGAAGCACGAUACUAGUUACUGGCCAGUGAUAUCAGCCAGCAAUCAGAAUGAGUGAAGUGGUUCUGGCUGCUAUAUUACUUACAACGUCUUAUUUACUAUUUUAUUUGAACAUAUAGAUAUUGGUACAAGGAGGCACCAAAUAUAUGUGCGCCCCACAAGUCUCAUUUGAUUUGUACAAGGGCUGUGAUACUGCCCGGGUGCCCAAACCGAAGCGGAUGGUUCUCUUAGGGGGCCACACUCGAAGCCUUUGACCUGAAGGUCUGAUCCACAAGGCAGUGGAGUAACGUCAGGAUAUGCAAUCCCAUGGUAGUCGGUGACCAACAAUAGGUUCAUACGCCAUUUUUUCCUUCAGGAUACUGGAGCCCAUGUGCGCUAUUGGUUUGGAAUCAGGGUUUUCCAACUCCCCUAGGUGAACUCUCCGUGUCCACCAAUCCGUUUAAGAGCUGGAUAUUCACUUUUCAUCUUCUCAAUUUCGUAAGCAACAGCCCCGCCACGAGAAGGCAGAGUAGGACUUCCCUGGCAGUAGUUGUAUGCACGUGGUCAUGUGAGAGCAUUUCGAGAGGAAGAACCGACUCUCCCCACUCUCGACCGUACCAGAGCAUUUGAUGGCACUUAAAUUAUCUAAGUUAGCCUUGACUGAUAACAUAACUUAUGUGGAAAAUGUUUGUAUUUUUGCAGAAACCGAGUUAAUGGUUUGGCUUGUAAUUGAGUAGAUAGACUACUUUGCUUGACUCAUCCGUAUUGAUUAAGUGACUAAUAUAAUUCCCCCACUGAUUCACAUAUUUUCAAAUAUAAGAUUUUAUUGAAAUUAAUUUUAUCAUUUGCAAACUCAUAUCAUUUUGACCUUACAAUGUGACACUAAACUAAUGCUCAUAUGAAUGUUACUGCUGAAAAAUAUAUUCUCUUAACUAGUCAAGAAUAUUACAACAUAUUUAAAACAUAUAUUUACUAUUACUUUUUUGAAUCACGUUGUUUUUUGUUAGCCUUAUUAUUUCACUUUUAAUCUUAAACAAUAAUAAAUCAAUGUUCUCAAAAGUUUACUUAAAUGUCAAGUAAUUCAUUUGUUUAAUGCUACCAUUAAAGUGAACAGACAAACUUUACUUGAAUUAACAAUAUACGUUGAAGUUACAGUAAGCUUUAACAAGAGUUGUAAUAAUAAAGGAAAUAAUGAAAUUUUAAUUAUCGUUAUACGAAGUGUUCUAAUCAAGAAAAAUACCUGUUAAAAUAAUCUUACUUAAAUAAAAUUGUCUAACUUGUCCGCUGAGGUCUGUUACCAUUCACUUUUGGUUGGAAGACUGGUCAAAGAUUAACUAUACAUGUUACUUCUUGUGUAACAAUGGUUUAGUUACGUAUUACAACUAUUUACAGGUAUAUGAUAUAGACUAGCAAUUUUAUCACUGGCUUUAUAAUUUUAUUUGUGAAACUUUUAUUCAACAGCACUGUACUUGUUUCCUGAUUAUUGAAUCGUAUGAUAAUGAUAACCACUUAAUUCAGUGCCAUGUAUUUGAUUAUAAUAAAGAAUUCUUAACUUGAACUGUGCAGUGUUUCAGCAACUUCUUGUUUUAUAGGGGUUUAACUGGUGAGUAUCCAAAAAAUGUUUAAAACGUUUCUAGACAGUGAUUAGCAGUCAUACAUUUCCAUUUGCAAUUGUUUACGACUAGUCUUAGCCCCAUAACAUUCUUUUCAUGUAUAUUGCAGCCCAUUACAUCAGUUUUUUGUCAGUAGAAAAGUGAUAUCUUAAGCAUAUGCGACACAUAAUAAUAUCAUUUUCUUUCCAUUCAAAAUAAUAUAUUUACAACAUACUAAGCAAUAUUACGGAUAUAUCUGGGCUGGAAACAAUAAAAUAUCCUAAUUAAUUAAGUGUAAACGAUGUUUAGCUCUUGAAUUUUGAGAUAAUCAUGUAAAGCUGAUGUUAAAUUCAAAUGAGUUUGAACUACUUUUAUCGAUAAGUAGCGUGUUCUAUCUUAUCAAUCUUAAUGUUAAAAAUAACUCCAAAUAGUAUUGUUUAUAUAUACAGUUUAUAUUCCUAAGCUUUUACAUCUUUAAGUCCGUUAUGGGUCUGUAAUAUGUAUUCUUCAUAAUCACCACUAUUGGUUAUUUAGUUUCGUAAUGUUUAAUUCUGUUCUGUGCCAUCUGCAGUAGGACUAAUAAACUCCCGUUUUACUAUUGGCACAGUGACCAGUCAAUAAUGACCGAGACUUUAACGCUUAUUAGUUCUCUAACUACUUCUUACCGAGUGCUUAAUCAGAAGACCGAGUUAACAAAUAGAUAUCUCUGUUUUGGAGUAAUUCACUUGUAUGAAUGAACUUAUUCACUUAUAUAGUGGAAUUUCCUAACCAUAUAUUAACACAAAUAAGAAAUUAUAAUGUACGUGUGAUGACACAACACAUGAAAGAAAAAUCAAGUGAUGAAUCCGUAGUUAACUAAAAAUAGCCUGAGGAAGUUAAGAUCUUCCACAAUAGUUUAUUUUUUCUGGUUAGUGUUUUUUAGCGGGUUGGUUUUCUACGAGAUGGGAUCGCUAACCCCAUGCUCAACCCUCCCCGGCAGUAACGCUGGGGAGAGCCAUAGGCAAAGUUGACAGUAGAUUAUACACCAAAAUAAGAAGUAGAGAAAAUAUAAAUGCACAGUAAUUCAAAUAUCUAAUAAUUAUACAAUAAGAAAUAUAGAUAAUAAUUCAUAAGAUAGUUUUGAAAAUUAAAACUGUUAUGUCCCGAUAAGAAUAAUGAAUGGUAACUUUUGGGAUCCAUUUAUGGACUUAUGAGUAUAUUUUUAUCGUGUAAUUGUUAUGUAACUAAACUGUUCAUAUUAAUAUCCCUGUUAUUAUGAGUUUUAUUUUGACCUAUGAACUAUUAUUACACGAUUUACCAUUCUUGAAUUAUCUCCUGUCUGUUAAUCACUACAUCCAUCAUUCACAGCCACUUUUGGCCAAAUAUUGUGCAAAUGUUAUUUUCUAUUUUAUGGUACGUUGUGGUUUAUUUGAUUGGUAUAUAAACCCCGUAUGUUUGAAACAAAUGGUUCAUAUUGCAGAGGCUGAGAUUGGUGUUCUGGACUCAACUGGCUGGUCUAGGCGGAAAGCAGGACUAAUCAGGGCUCUAGGCUACUCGCACGUGUUUUAUGCGUCACUGGUUCGGUCGAUAAUUCGUUGCUCUCUGAUUGGCGGUAUCGUUGCGUUAUACAAUAAACAGGGCACACAGAUUCACAAGUUAUGACAAAAACUUUCUCAAUAUUUUCUCUAUGAUAACAAUAACUCUAAGCUUGUACCAUUGAUUAAUUGAACAUUAGAUUCCAACAUUUAAAUGAUGUGAAACAUAAUACCCAUUUUAAAUCAAUCAAUUUCUAAUUUAAUAAUCCAAUUAAACACAACGGUAGUUAAUAAAUAAAUAGUUUUUCUUUUAUUCAAAAAGUUAUCGGAAUCAUUGUUUUAACUUUUAUGUCG